CCGGAAGUGACGACACCGAUGAAACCUUUUGGGAGGGGCCUGGGCUGAGGAGCUCCAAAGGCCGAAAUUUCACAUCGGAAACAAAACAGCAGCUGCUCGGGAAGGAACCUUGGCUGCGAGAGGAUAGUGGUGGCGGCGAGGCAAAGACCUAAUCUGGGAGCCUGCAAGUGACAGCAGCCUGCGAGGUCCGUAGAAAGCUUGGCCUGGACGAGAACACAUGAAAGAAAGAACCCCAAGAGGCUUUGUUUUCUGUGAAAAAGUAUUUCUAUACAGUUGCUCCAAUGACAGAGUUACCUGCACCCUUGUCCUACUUCCAGAAUGCACAGAUGUCCGAGGACAACCACCUGAGCAACACUGUACGUAGCCAGAGUGACGGUAGAGAGCGGCACGAGCACGGCAGCGAGAGGCGGAGGCGCGGCAACUCCGAGUCGUUAUCCAAUGGCCGAGCCCAGGGGAACUCCCAGCAGGUGGUGGAACAAGACGAAGAGGAAGAUGAGGAGCUGACCCUGAAAUAUGGCGCCAAACACGUGAUCAUGCUCUUUGUCCCUGUGACUCUCUGUAUGGUGGUGGUUGUGGCUACUAUCAAAUCAGUCAGCUUUUAUACCCGGAAGGACGGGCAGCUAAUCUAUACUCCAUUCACAGAAGACACCGAGACUGUGGGGCAGAGAGCCCUGCACUCGAUCCUGAAUGCUGCCAUCAUGAUCAGCGUCAUCGUCGUCAUGACUAUUCUCCUGGUGGUUCUGUAUAAAUACAGGUGCUAUAAGGUCAUCCAUGCCUGGCUUAUUAUUUCAUCCCUAUUGUUGCUGUUCUUUUUCUCAUUCAUUUACUUAGGGGAAGUGUUUAAAACCUAUAACGUUGCCAUGGACUACAUUACGGUUGCACUCCUGAUCUGGAAUUUUGGUGUGGUGGGAAUGAUUGCCAUUCACUGGAAAGGUCCACUGCGACUCCAGCAGGCUUAUCUCAUUAUGAUCAGUGCCCUCAUGGCCCUGGUAUUUAUCAAGUACCUCCCAGAAUGGACUGCGUGGCUCAUCUUGGCUGUGAUUUCAGUAUAUGAUUUAGUGGCUGUUCUGUGUCCAAAAGGCCCACUUCGUAUGCUGGUUGAAACUGCUCAGGAGAGAAAUGAAACUCUCUUUCCAGCUCUUAUUUAUUCCUCAACAAUGGUAUGGUUGGUGAAUAUGGCAGAAGGAGACCCAGAAGCCCAAAGGAAGGUAUCCAAAAACACCAGUUACAAUGCACAAAGCACAGAAAGUGAGUCCCAAGACCCUGUGACAGAGAGUGAUGACGGUGGCUUCAGUGAAGAGUGGGAAGCCCAGAGGGACAGUCGCCUAGGGCCUCAUCACUCUACACCAGAGUCUCGGUCUGCUGUGCAGGAACUUUCCAGCAGCAUCCUAGCCAGUGAGGACCCAGAGGAAAGGGGAGUAAAACUUGGAUUAGGAGAUUUCAUUUUCUACAGUGUUCUGGUUGGUAAAGCUUCCGCAACAGCCAGUGGGGACUGGAACACAACCAUAGCCUGUUUUGUAGCCAUAUUAAUUGGUUUGUGCCUUACCUUACUGCUCCUCGCCAUUUUCAAGAAAGCAUUGCCAGCUCUUCCAAUCUCUAUCACCUUUGGGCUUGUUUUCUACUUUGCCACAGAUUAUCUCGUGCAGCCCUUUAUGGACCAGUUAGCAUUCCAUCAAUUUUAUAUCUAGCAUAUUUGCAGUUAGAAUCUCAUGGAUUUUUCUCCUUUAACUAUAAUAAAAUCGGGGGAGGACAAAGGUGAUUUUCCUGUGUCCACAUCUAACAAAGUCAAGAUUCCCAGCUGGACUUUUUACAGCUUCCUUCCAAGUCUUCCUGACCACCUGCACUCUUGGGCGUUGGAAGGAGAUGUCUACAGAAAAUGAUUUUGAAUAUAAGUCCUUGUGACCGAGUCCCUCAGUGCAAAAACUACCAGAUUUGAGGGACAAGGACAAGGAAAAGUGACGGGCCAACAAGUGGCUGUGCUGCCAUCAGCAGUUUGACCCACAGUCGCAGGUGGACUUUACCAACACUGCAGACUCUCAGGACUACCAUUACCAGGAGUUAAAUGAAAUGAUUUAAACCAAACAAGACUCUUCAUCUUAAACUACAUGUUGAAAGCCAACCUAAUAAAUCUGUAUUGAAUUCUGAACCUUUUCAGGAGAUACUGUGAGGAGAGCAGGCACCAGCCGCAAAAUGAAAAGAUGGAAAGGGGCUCAAACUUUCAGACUCUUUUGCUGCAGACUUACCAUUUUUAAAUAAGACUUUUUUCACCUUGAGUCGAGUCAGAUGUGUAGGCUGAUUUUGACAGUUUUUUUCUCAAGCACUGAAACUCAUACCAUCUAUGGUUGCCAUUUCUUCCCAAGGCCAGUCUGAAGUUAUUUGAGGUUGCUUUAUCUUAAAAGCCUAACCUCAGGUUCCAAAUUCAGUACUUUCUGGAAAUAAUGGAACUAUAACUCGAUGGUUCCUUAUCACCCUUUUCCACUGGAUUCAUAACUUUUCUCCAGGCUCCCCAGCCCCCUCCCUUGUUCCCUGUCUCCCUUCACUCCCCUCAUAAGCACUUCUCCUCUACAGCGAAUAAGACAGCUCCGUUGUGGUAGCAAAGGAUCCAGUUACUCUAGGGUUUUGCUCUUUGUGUGGUACAAAGAAUGUGUUACGAAUCUGUGCUCUCAGCCUUGCUGUCGUAACUUCUUCAACAGCAAAUGCAAUGUGUGCCCAAAGAUGGUAGAAUUAAAGAGUAAAAUGGCUGGUGAAGCACUUUGCCUGGUUUUUCAUUUUCUUUUUUUAACUACAACCCAUUGCCUCUGACAGUAGGUCAGAAUUUGAACCAGUAGCCAAAAGCUGGUGGUUUAUAAAGUUUGAGUCAGUCGUAUCAGGAGAAAGCAAGAACUUGGAGAAAGCUGGUACUUCGCUUGCUGAGCUCUGGGAGAACCAGCUGCCGAGAGAAGAGAGAAGGGGCCUCUGACAGCAGUGGGACCGCAUGAGCUAAUGUCCCAUGGGCAGAUGUUUAGGAGGGGAUCCAAGUGACUCCUCAGGAACCUCACCAUGGGUGUUUUGUGUUUUCCCUUCCAAUUCACCUUUCGUUUCAAUGUACCUUAGUAUGAGUUGGGCCAUGGAGUUCAGGCCCUGUGCGGUUCAGAUGGAAGAUGUGCAUAAACAGGGCCGCCAGCCUGCGAGUACACAGCACCUGUUAGUGAAGCUUUGCUGGGGUGCAGCCCUUUUAGCAUGGCCAGCCCUCGGCUGCAGCGAUCAGACUAAGCAUUUGUGAGAAAUUUCGUUUCCCCCUGUGGCUGAAGAGGGGCCAGCUUUUCACCUGUUUCCUGCUGCUUUCUCUCCAGCCAUCAUUUGAUCUGGUUUGGGGUUCUCCUUGGAGUGUAGAGUAUUUGUUUUCUGUCAUGGAAUGUUUUCUUAUAAGAAGCUAACUUUAGGAGUAAUGUGCUGGUACUACCCUGUGUAUAAAACCUGGCUCGUGCUAGACCGUGAGAACUGCAGGAAAAAUAAGAGCUGUGCCAAGAAGGUGGGGCUUUUAUAGUAGGUUCUCGCAUCUCUUUUUUUCAUUUAGCCACCCUUCCCCGAGAGUCUGUCUUUUUCUCCUCAUGUAUGUGACAGUGUGGGUAUUAUCUUCUGGAAGGAUUCGCAAUUCAGCAGCUACAACAAAGCCACCUGAACACCAGUUUGUGAUGUGAAGCAGUCCUGAAGGGAGCCCUGAUCUAGAGUGGUUGACUUGCACAAGGGUCCCAGUGUGCUGUGUCUUUCUGAAGGGUUUAUCUCUGAAGAGGAUAUGUGGUCUGUGUGGUUGUGUUUAAGAUUAAAUCUGUCCUGUGUAGAAAGAUUGCAAUAGAUCUGUCACUUUCUACAACAUGGAACCACAUCUCAGCAUAGAGAACACAUCUUAUUUCUUUAAAUCACCAGUCUCAGAUGCAGAACUUUUCCUUUGAAACGUCUUCUUAGAAGAGUCUAAUUCAGUUGUUUCUGAGAUAUCAAAAUGCUAGUCCUGCACCAUGAAAAAUAGAUUGUCACCAGAGAAGACAGUAGCAAUUCCACUGGGAGGAUGUGCCCUCACACAGGGCUAGAGGUGGCUGUGGAGGCAGGCAGAGCAAGUGACAAA